GGAGACCUUUGGCCGGUGUACAACAUGACCAAGGGGUACAUGGGGCUGUACCAAGUGAAGUUAAUGCUAGUAGUGACGCCUCGAAUACGAAUACUACAUCGGAAAAUUUUUGUGGAACGGCGAUAAAGAAUCGUAAUAAUACAGUAUUGUUAUCAACGGUGGUAGUAAACGUUCUGAACGGUUCAGGUCAAGGUCAAACGGCUAGAUUUUUAUUGGAUAGCGGCAGUCAGGUUCAUCUCAUCACUCAGAAAUGUUCAAAAAAAUUGGGAUUGAAAAUAUCUCGUUGUUCUGUUUCGGUACAAGGAAUUGGUUCUAAUACACAUUCGGUAAGAGGUAUCACAGACAUCAUCGUGGCGUCUCGGUAUGAUUCAUCGAAGAAAUAUUUCAUGCAGGCGCUUUUAGUUGAUAAAAUUUCUGAUAGACUUCCAAGAGUAAAAAUUGAACGGAGUUUUUUGGGUAGUUUUGGAGAUAUUCAACUAGCUGAUAAUAAAUUUGAUGAGCCGACAGAAAUUGACGGUAUCAUAGGUGCGGAGCUCUUUGCAACGGUGAUGGGGAACAAGAGUUAUGCUCCUUCAGCGGGGUCACCAGUGGCGGUACAGACUGUUUUUGGGUAUGUUAUAAUGGGAAAAGUUCCGAUAUUAAACUCGGUCUCAGACUCGAGGGUAUUUUUCAAUUUGAAAGAAGAAUCAUCUCUGAAUGAACUUAUGACAAAAUUUUGGGAAAUUGAGCAAGUUCCAAAAAACACUUUACCGGAUGUUGAGGAAUUACAAUGUGAUAAAAUGUACACUAGUACUUUCAACAGAGAUUCAGAAGGGAGAUUUACGGUAGCUCUUCCCUUUAAGAAUUCACCUAGUACACUGGGUGAUUCUAAAACUGGCGCUAUGACACGAUUGUAUUCCUUAGAAAGAAGAUUGACAAAAUUUCCGAAAUUGCGUUCAGGUUACAAUGAUAUUAUGAGACAAUCCAUUGAACAAGGUCAUAUGCAUUGGGUAAGGGAUGAAUAUUUGAAAGCAGCGGAUACAACGUACUACAUUCCUCACCAUGCUAUUUUCAAACCUGAUAGUUCCAGCACUCCGAUUCGAAUAGUGCUGGAUGCUAGUGCAUCCUCCGAUAGUGAUAUUUCUUUGAACGAUAUUAUAUACGGAGGCCCGAAAUUGCAGUCGGAUAUUUUUUCUUUGUUGUUGAAUUUUAGACUUUUUAGAAUUGCGAUCACUGCAGACAUUCGUAGAAUGUACCACCAGAUCAAACUAGUAAACUAUCAUUGGCGAUUUCAGAGACUUCUUUGGCGUUUCAGUCCAGAUGAACCAGUUCAAGUGUACGAGUUCAAUCGGUUGGCAUUUGGGGUCAAGACAAGUCCUUACUUGGCUCUACGUACAGUCAAACAGUUGAUAAAAGAGGAAGCAGCAGAAGUGGUAUCGACGGAUCUAUACAUGUAUGAUUUGGUGUGUAGUGUAUCUUCGGAAGAGGAAGCUCAGCGGUUAUAUUCAGAAUCGGUAGCAAUGUUUGCAGAAGGAAAGUUCGAUUUGACAAAGUGGUCUUCGAGUUCGUUGGAAUUGUUGGAGAAAAUCCCCUGUGAAAAGAGGUUAUCACAGCCUGUGCUUUUUAAGACAGAAACAAAAAUAUUAGGAAUGUUCUGGAAUCCUGAAAUGGAUAGUUUUAGGUUUAAGUUUCCAGUUCCAGGAUCUUGCUGCACUAAACGUUUAAUCUUGUCCACAGUGGCGCGAUGUUAUGAUCCAGUAGGAUUGUUGGAACCAUUCAUUUUGUAUUUGAAACUUCUGAUAAAGGAGCUAUGGAAACUCAAAAUAGGUUGGGAUGACAUAGUCCCCUAUGAAGUUUCCCAGAAGUGGUUGAAUCUGAAAGAUGAAUG